AUGAUCUGCCAAAAGGCCGAGGCGCUUCCGCUGAACGUGGCAACCCUGUCGCGGCUGUACAACGCUCAGAAAGCCGGCGGCGACGUGGACGACGACGAAGGCAGCCCUGCGGAAGUGACCGGCGGCAGCUGCGACAACGGGUCUGGGGUGGCAGCAGUGGCGGUGGGCUUCGCUCCGUCAACUUGGAGGCAUGAUCUGGAGGUGGCCCUGGCAGCCGCAGAGCGCGGUCACAUUAGCCCAAUCUGGAAGCUACUCCUGCAGCACCACACCUCGCUGAUGGACCGGCCCCUGCCGCUGCCACCGGAGGCACAGCAGCAGGUUGCCGCCCUGGCAAGCCAGGCGCUCACGUGCUGUGCAGCGGCGCUGCGGGUGGCUGGAGGCACGAGAGACAGCGACAUGGUCGACGGCGUCAUGAGGGUGGCGACAGCCGCCCUGCAUGCCGUGCAGUCCUACUGCGCUCUGGAUGCGGCUGAUGUUGUGCGGCUGGAGCACGCCGUCGGCCCCCUGGACCCGGAGGUCCAGCUGCGCCUGCGCCUGCGUGCUGCCGCCUCACUGCUGCCCGCGGGCGAUGAUGCUGGGCCCCUACUGCCGUUGAUCAGCGAAGGGCCGAAGGAUCUUUUGUGGUCAGGCUUGGCGUUACUGGAAGAGAAGCUGGGGCCCGCCGGCCCGUCAGGCGCGUUCGGUGCCACCGCCGCCGUGGGCCUGCGCCUGGUCAGCCCCGCGGCGGCCUGGCUGCAGCCGAGCGUCCCUGGGCAGGUGAAGGCCGUGAUGGGCAACGCGCGUGACCACAGGCCCAUGGCCGGCCGCCUGGUACGACUGGCGACAGUCACCAACUUGCUGAAGGGCUGCCUACCAAUCUGGAGCGCCGGCGCCAGCCGGCACAUGAUGCGCGUGCUGAUGCGGCGGGCCGACUGCUCGGCCACGCAGCACCUGCUGGGCAGUCUGCCCGCGCUGCCGGCCAUGGUGGCGGUCCCCCCAGCGGCAGCCAGCCGCAAGGGCGGCAAGCCAGGCAUGGCGGAUGCCGAGGCCAUGCCUGCGUUACCGUUGGCCGAGGCGGCGGUGCCAUCACCGCCGCCGCCGCCGCCGCCACAGCAGCAGCAGCAGCAGCAGCAGCAGCGGCGGCAGCAGCAGCAGCAGCAGCAGCAGCAGCAGCAGCAGCAGCAGCAGCAGCAGCCCAAUAAGCUACUCGUGUGGCGCAGCCCAGCAGCGACCGAGCCGGGUCUAGCCCCCGUGAUCGCGCAGAUGGUGGCCGCAACGGCGGAGGCCCACUCCCACGGCAUCAUCAUUGGCGAUUUGAAGGGAGAUAACUGGCUGGUGGUCAGGGACGAAGACAGCAAGGUGCGGCUGCAGGCCGCCGACCACGAUGGCUUUGCGGCGCCCUUCUGGCAGGGCAGCAUGAUGGGGCCAGCCCAGGCCACUUUCAUGUCCCCUGAGCGCGCCGCGCUGCCCGUCACGGCGCGUUUCAGCGGCAGCCUCAGCUGGCAGGAGGAUAUCUAUGCGCUUGGCUGCACGGCGCUCGCGCUCGGACUAGGCACCGUGCGCGGCACGCCGCCCCCGUGCCUGGUGCUGCCGGUCGGCGCCGACGCGCCGGACGCCCAGCUCAUGCGGGAUCUGGUGCUGAACCUCAACGGCGAGCCGCUUGCGGAAGAUCUGGAGGCGUUCAUUGCGGGCUGCAUGCGCCGGGACCCGCAGCGGCGCCCGAGCGCCCAGGAGCUCCUGGCGACGCCGUUUGUGCGCCGCGGCCUGCGGGAGGCGGCGGCGUCUGGCAUGUGGGGCGGCAUGGCGUCGGCAGUGACAGCCAGCCUCGAGACUGCUUUGCCUGGGUACUAA